UUUACGGUAGCUAUUCCCAGUCUCUUUUUUCCAGCAGCUGAGAGUAGUGGAAAGCCUGUGAAUCCAAGCACAUCAGCGGCUACAGCUAUGGCUGAGCGCCGCGCAUUCGCCCAAAAAAUCAGCAGAACUGUAGCAGCCGAGGUGAGAAAACAGAUCGCUGGUCAGUAUGGGGGCUCCCCACAGCUCCUCAAGAACCUCAACGUGGGUGCUGCCGCCAGCAACACCGUUCCUCUCACAGAGGCAGUGGAACCGGUGGACUUUGAGGAGUACCUCAUCACCCAUCCCCCCAUCAUCGAGUCGGGCCCCCUGAGGGACCUCAUCGAUUUUCCCCCGGAUGACAUCGAAGUGGUAUACACCCCCAGAGAGUGUCGUACCGUGGGACAGGCCGUGCCUGAGGAAGGGGACAAUGACGCCCACGUCAGAGACUGUGUCAGGUCCUACACUGAGGACUGGGCCAUCGUCAACAGAAAAUACCAUAAGCUUGGUACAGGAUUUAACCCUAACACCCUGGACAGGCAGAAGGAGAGGCAGAAAGGCCUGCCCAAACAGGUGUUUGAGGCCGAUGAGAUGCCAGACGUUAGCACUUACCAGGACGACCAGGUAACCCGUAGCAACGGGUCGGUUGACCAGGUAACCCGUAGCAACGGGUCGGUUGACCAGGUAACCCGUAGCAACGGGGCGGUUGACCAGGAUGAUCUGAAGCGUAGGUCCAUGUCCAUAGACGACACCCCGCGUGGCAGCUGGGCCUGUAGUAUCUUUGACCUGAAGAACUCUGUCCCCGACGCCGUCCUGCCCCACCUGCUUGACCGGGCCCCCAACGAGGAGAUAGACCGGCACAACGAGGAGCACCGCAAGUCCCACCGCCACCGUGAGCUCUUCGCCCUGCACCCCGCCCUUGAUGAGGAAGAACCCAUCGAGCGCCACUGUGUGCCUGACGUCCCUAAGGAACAUUUUGGCCAGAGGCUACUCGUCAAGUGCUUGUCCUUGAAGUUUGAGAUUGAAAUUGAGCCCAUAUUCGCCUGUUUGGCCUUAUAUGAUGUCAAGGAAAAGAGAAAGAUAUCGGAGAACUUUUUCUUUGACCUGAACUCGGAGCAGACCAAAGGGAUGCUGCGCCCUCACAUCCAGACAGCAGCCAUCUCUACUCUCGCCCGCUCCGCAAUUUUCUCCAUUACAUACCCCUCCCAGGACGUCUUCCUCGUCAUACAGCUGGAGAAGGUGUUGCAGCAGGGAGACAUAGGAGAGUGUGCAGAACCGUACAUGGUCUUCAAAGAGUCUGAUGCAGCUAAAAACAAAGAAAAGUUGGACAAGUUGCGGAGCCAGUCGGAGCAGUUCUGCACACGUCUGGGUCGGUACCGGAUGCCCUUCGCCUGGACAGCCAUCCACCUGAUGAACAUCGUGAACAGCGCCGGCAGUCUGGAGAGAGACACUGAGCUGGAGAUGGGACUUCCAGAGAGGAAAGGGUCGUGGUCUGAGAGGAGGAACUCGAGCAUCGGUGGACGGCGCUCAUUAGAGAGAACCACCAGUGGAGAUGAAUCAUGUAGCCUGACCAGCUUCAGACCUGCAACCCUCACCGUCACCAAUUUCUUCAAACAGGAGGGAGACAGACUGAGUGAUGAGGACCUGUAUAAGUUCCUGGCUGACAUGAGGAGGCCGUCUUCAGUGCUGAGGAGACUGAGGCCAAUCACAGCCCAGCUGAAGAUCGACAUAUCCCCGGCCCCAGAGAACCCCCACUACUGCUUGACCCCUGACCUCCAGCAGGUCAAGCCCUACCCAGACAGCAGGGUUCGCCCCACCAGAGAGAUACUGGAGUUCCCCCCCAGGGAUGUCUACGUACCCAACACUACCUACAGGAACCUACUGUAUGUGAACCCACACAGCCUGAACUUCGCCAACCGUCAAGGCUCCGCCCGGAACAUCACAGUGAAAGUACAGUUUAUGAACGGGGAGGACCCCAACAACGCUAUGCCUGUGAUUUUUGGGAAGUCCAGCUGUGGAGACUACACCAGAGAGGCAUACACUGCUGUGGUGUAUCAUACCAGGUCCCCAGACUUCCACGAUGAGGUGAAGAUCAAGCUGCCGGCCUCUCUGACUGACCACCACCACGUCCUGUUCACCUUCUACCAUGUCAGCUGCCAGCAGAAGCAGAACACUCCUCUGGAAACCCCUGUAGGAUACACGUGGAUCCCCAUGCUUCAGAAUGGACGUCUGCGUACAGGAAGCUUCUGUCUGCCGGUGUCUCUAGAGAAACCUCCCCAGUCCUACUCUGUUCUCUCCCCUGACGUUCCUCUACCAGGGAUGAAAUGGGUGGAUAACCACAGAGGGGUGUUCAAUGUUGAAGUGACGUCCGUUUCCACCGUCCACACACAGGACCAGUACCUGGAUAAGUUCUUUGCGUUGGUGCAUGCCCUGGACGAGCACAUGUUCCCUGUGCGGAUCGGAGACGUGCGCAUCAUGGAGAAUAACCUGGAGGCGGAGCUGAAGUCCAGCAUCGCAGCACUAAACUCCUCCCAGCUGGAGCCCAUCGUCCGAUUCCUCCACCUCCUAUUGGACAAGCUGGUGGUGCUGGUGGUGCGGCCGCCCGUCAUCGCAGGACAGAUAGUGAAUCUGGGCCAGGCCUCGUUCGAGGUGAUGGCCUCCAUAGUGAAUCGGCUCCACAAGUACCUAGACACCAGUCAGGACAUGCACGGCAGAAACAGUCUGCUCUCCUCUUAUAUAUACUACGUCUUCAGACUGCCCAACAUGGACCCCAACUUCCCCUCACCAGGUCCUGGAGGGCUGGGUGGUUCAGUCCACUAUGCCACCAUGGCCAGGUCAGCCCAGCGACCAGCUAGCCUAAACCUCAACCGCUCCCGUAGCCUUAGCAACAGUAACCCGGACAUCUCCGGAACACCUACGUCCCCUGACGACGAGGUCCGCUCCAUCAUCGGCAGUAAGGGUCUAGACCGCUCCAACUCCUGGGUGCACACCAUGGGGUGUAAGAGCACCCCCUGGGGAUCCAGCCCUGUCUCUGACACUGACACCAUGCAGGCCAUGGAGCGCUGUGGCAACCGCAUGUCUUCGCACACUGAGAGCACCAGUUUCUUGCAAACUUUAACAGGACGCUUACCCACCAAAAAGUUGUUCCACGAGGAGCUGGCUCUACAGUGGGUGGUGAGCAGUGGCAGCGUCAGGGAGGGAGCUCUUCAACAGGCCUGGUUCUUCUUCGAGCUCAUGGUGAAGAGCAUCAUCCAUCACCUGUACUUCACUGACCGGCUGGAGUCGCCCAGGAAGAAUCGUUUCCCCGAGCGCUUCAUGGAUGACAUCACAGCCCUGGUCAGCACCAUUGCUGGGGACAUUGUCUCACGCUUUCAGAAGGACCUGGAGCUGGUGGAGCGUCUUAACACCAGCCUGGCCUUCUUCCUGAAUGACCUGCUGUCUGUCAUGGACCGAGGCUUCGUCUUCUCCCUCAUAAAGACCUACUGGAAACAGGUGUCCACUAAGCUGUACAUGCUGCAGAACCCCACUCUGGAGUCUCUGAGACUGGACUUACUGAGGAUCGUCUGCAGCCACGAGCACUAUGUCACCCUUAACCUGCCCUGCAGCCUGCUCACGCCCCCCGCCUCGCCUUCUCCCAGCGUGUCCUCCGCAACCUCGCAGAGCUCAGGCUUCUCCACCCAUGCACAGGACCAGAAGAUAGCCAACAUGUUUGAGCUGUCUGUCCCCUUCAGAGAGCAGCACUACCUGGCUGGACUAGUGCUGUCUGAGCUGGCUGUCAUCCUGGACCCAGAGGCCGAAGGGAUGUUUGGCUUACAUAAGAAGGUGGUCAGUGUGGUACAUAACCUGCUGUCCAGCCAUGACUCCGACCCCCGCUACGCUGACCCCGAGGUCAAGGCCCGCGUCGCCAUGCUCUACCUGCCGCUCAUAGGCAUCGUCAUGGAAACACUUCCCCAGCUUCACGACUUCACAGAGUCCCAUAACCAGUGGGGUCGUCCCGGCGGGGCUCAGGGGGCCACGGGUGGGGCCGGGGGGGACGAGUCUGGAGAGGACGGCAACAGCAUGAUCAGUCAGACCGUUGCCAUGGCAAUAGCGGGGACAUCCGCUCCGAUAUCUCGUCCCAGUAGCUUCCUGCUCAACCCACAGGCCAGUCGUCAGCAUGGAACCUUCUCAGCAGAGUCCAGCCGCAGCCUGUUGAUCUGUCUGUUGUGGGUUCUGAAGAAUGCUGAUGAGUGUGUCCUACAGAAGUGGUUCUCUGACCUGUCUGUCUCCCAGCUCAACCGUUUGCUGGACAUGCUCUACCUCUGUGUCUCCUGCUUCGAGUACAAGGCCCAUGUUGUGUUCACCAUGCAGGGGAAGAAGGCCUUUGAGCGCAUGAACAGCCUAACCUUCAAGAAGUCCAAGGACAUGAAGGUCAAGCUGGAGGAGGCUAUACUGGGGAGCAUCGGGGCACGGCAGGAGAUGGUCCGUCGCAGCAGGGGACAGCUAGGUACACUAGAGAGGAGUCCAUCAGGCAGUGCCUUUGGCAGCCAGGAGAACCUGCGCUGGAGGAAAGACAUGACACACUGGCGCCAGAACAGCGAGAGGAUGGACAAGAGCCACAGAUCACUCAGAACCAGAGCGGAGCUGGAGCACGAAGCACUUAUUGAUGGUAACCUGGCAACCGAGGCAAACUUGAUCAUUCUGGACACUCUGGAGAUCAUCGUUCAGACGGUGUCUGUGACAGAGUCUAAGGAGAGUAUCUUGGGUGGAGUGUUGAAGGUGCUGCUCCACAGCAUGGCCUGUAACCAGAGUGCCCUCUACCUGCAGCACUGCUUUGCUACACAGAGGGCUAUCGUCUCAAAGUUCCCUGAACUGCUGUUUGAGGAGGAAACAGAGCAGUGUGCUGACCUGUGUCUGCGUCUGCUGAGGAACUGUAGCAGCAGUAUCGGCACCAUCCGAGCCCACGCCUCCGCUUCACUCUACCUGCUCAUGAGGCAGAACUUUGAGAUCGGCAACAAUUUUGCACGUGUCAAGAUGCAGGUGACCAUGUCCCUGUCCUCCCUGGUGGGAACGUCUCAGAACUUCAACGAGGAGUUCCUCCGACGUUCCCUGAAGACCAUCCUGACCUACGGAGAGGAAGACCUGGAACUCCGGGAGACCACCUUCCCUGAUCAGGUUCAGGACCUGGUGUUCAACCUCCACAUGAUCCUGUCUGAUACAGUCAAGAUGAAGGAGCAUCAGGAGGACCCAGAGAUGCUCAUAGACCUCAUGUACAGGAUCGCUAAGGGUUACCAGACGUCUCCAGACCUGCGUCUGACGUGGCUGCAGAACAUGGCGGGUAAACACUCUGAGAGGACCAAUCACGCAGAGGCAGCCCAGUGUUUGGUGCACAGCGCCGCCCUGGUGGCAGAAUACCUCAGCAUGCUGGAGGACCGCAAGUACCUGCCGGUCGGCUGUGUCACCUUCCAGAACAUCUCUUCCAACGUGCUUGAGGAGUCAGCAGUCUCUGAUGAUGUGGUGUCUCCUGAUGAAGAGGGUAUCUGCUCUGGGAAAUACUUCACUGAGGCUGGGCUGGUGGGGCUGCUGGACCAGGCUGCUUCCUCCUUCUCCAUGGCUGGUAUGUACGAGGCGGUGAACGAGGUGUACAAGGUACUGAUCCCCAUUCACGAGGCCAGCCGGGACGCCAAGAAGCUGGCCACCAUACAUGGUAAACUACAGGAAGCCUUUGGCAAAAUCGUACACCAGAGCACUGGCUGGGAGAGAAUGUUUGGUACGUACUUCAGAGUCGGAUUGUACGGUUCUAAAUUCGGGGACUUGGACGAGCAGGAGUUUGUAUACAAAGAGCCUGCCAUCACCAAGCUGGCUGAGAUCUCACACCGACUCGAGGGGUUUUAUGGCGAGCGCUAUGGAGAAGACCAGGUGGAAGUCAUUAAGGACUCCAAUCCUGUGGACAAGUGCAAACAGGACCCAAAUAAGGCUUAUGUCCAGAUCACAUACGUGGAGCCGUACUUCGACACAUACGAGAUGAAGGACCGCAUCACGUACUUCGACAAGAACUACAACCUGCGGCGCUUUGUCUACUGCACGCCGUUCACGCUGGACGGGCGGGCGCACGGGGAUCUGCACGAUCAGUUCAAACGCAAAACCAUCCUGACCACAUCCCACGCCUUUCCCUACAUCAAGACCCGCAUCAACAUCAUCCACAAAGAGGAGAUCAUCUCUAUGCCCAUCGAGGUGGCCAUAGAGGAUAUGCAGAAGAAGACCGGAGAGCUGGCCUUCGCUACCCACCAGGACCCAUCUGAUGCCAAGAUGCUGCAGAUGGUGCUGCAGGGGUCAGUGGGAACUACGGUCAACCAGGGACCUCUGGAGGUGGCCCAGGUGUUCCUGUCAGAGAUCCCCAGUGAUCCUAAACUCUACAGACACCACAACAAACUACGCCUCUGCUUCAAAGACUUCACCAAGAGGUGUGAAGAUGCCCUGCGUAAAAAUAAGAGUCUGAUUGGUCCAGACCAGAAGGAGUACCAGAGGGAGUUGGAGAGGAACUACCAUCGCCUGAAGGAGGCACUACAGCCACUCAUCUGCAGAAAGAUACCCCAGCUUUAUAAACCCGUGCUGCAGGUCAACUCUCACAGCAAACGGACAGCUUGACCAGAGAUUCCUUCAGCAGAAUGAGUCUUCGCAAGCUUGAACUUUGAAGAUGAAGAGAAAUUGAAGGAUCACAACCUUAAUUUAUUAAUGUGUAAAUAGUGAGCGUCAGUGUCUUGAGAAAAGUCAGUGUUCCCCGUAGAAGGAAAGCUAAAGUGUUACUACGAAGUCGGUACAUCAUUCCAGUGUCUUAUUCGUUUACAGGCAGCCUGUUACGCAAUCAGUGGGUUUAACAAAGUGGAACUUACUACGUACGAUGUGUCAAAUCUGUAUACAUAUUUCAUGUGUGCACCUUUUUUUCAUUGCAUUUUAUGACUUGAAAGUUUAUUAUUUAAUCCAAAAUGAGAAAAAAAACAAGCAAAAUAUGUGCUACCACUCUUUAUCAUAAUGCUUUCUUUUUAGUUAAGAUACUUUUGUUUAAAGUUAAGGAAAUGUUUUAAACAUCAUGAAUCGUUUUAUGUAGUUUUUGUUAACUUUAAGUAUUUUACUAAAUCAAUAUUUUAAUGUCCAA